GCCUUCACUCGUUCGCCAUGAUCGCCUUCCCAACACUGCUGCUAGCCGUAGUGGUCGCCUGCGUGACGGCGCAGAACGUGACUGUGCAGACGACGGCAGGUCUGUUGCAAGGGGUGAGCACCACCACCAUCAACGGGACGGCCUACUACCGGUUCUCGGGGGUGCCUUUCGCUGCGCCACCCGUCGGAGAACUGCGUUUCAAGCCGCCGCAGCCGGUGGCACAGUGGGAGGGCGUGCGUGACGCCGUGGAAGAGGCGGACGACUGCCUGCAGGCGAUGGGCCCGCAGCUGUCCGGCUCUGAGGACUGCCUCUACCUCAACCUCUACACGCCGUCGUUGUCCGAGGAGGCCCUGCUGCCGGUCAUGGUGUGGAUCUACGGCGGCCACUUCUGGGCAGGCAGCAGCUCCGCCAGCGAGUACGGCCCGGACUUCCUGCUCGACCAGGGAGUCAUCGUCGUCGCUCUCAAUUACCGCCUGGGAGUCAUGGGACUACUAAGUUUGAACGACAGCAUCGCUAUGGGUAACAACGCCUUCAAGGACAUGGUGGCGGCGCUGCAGUGGGUCCAGGACAACGUCAGGGCGUUCGGAGGAGAUCCAGAGAAAGUCACCAUCUUUGGCCAGAGCGCUGGCGGCAUCAGCUGCGAAAUGCUCAUGUACUCUCCACUAGCCAGAGGGCUGUUCAGAGCCGUUAUAUCGCAGAGCGGCUCCGCCCUCGGAGGCGACCACAUCGUGGACACCAACCGCGAGAUGGCGUUCUGCAUCGGCAACGAGCUGGGCCUGCAGACGGAGGACCCUGCGGAGCUGCUGGCGUUCCUGCAGACAGCGGACGCGGAGGCUCUCUACCAAACGAGCUGCGGAACGGAGUUCCAGAUAACGGCUGAGCCAGAUGUGGAGGGCGCCUUUAUGACGGCGGACCACAGCCGCUUGGGAGCGUGGGCGAUCGCCGGCAACUUCACACACCUGCCGCUCCUCACAGGCGUCACCACCGGAGAAGGCAAACUGGGCGUCGCGGAAGGUUACAUUCCCGAUAGUACAUUGGAGGAGUUGAACUCUGACUUCGAAGGUGCCAUCGACAACAUUCUUCGUCUGGGGGACAUGGACGAGAAGCUCGCCGUGGCGGACGCCGUCAAGUUGUUCUACUUCGGCAAUGUGACCACGAUCAGCGCGGACGCAGCCAUACCCUACGCUGAAAUGACUACGGACCUGAACAACGGUGAGCCCUGCGACACGACUGUGCACAUCCUGAGCACUGCUAUGGAGCAGCCCGUCUUUUACUACCAGUAUGCCUACACCGGUCGCAGCGACCCCUCCGUCGUACCAGGAGCACCACACAUGGCAGACCUGGACUCACUGUUCAGCGUGCCCGGUUCCGGACAGAAUCUCGACCCAGCUUCGGAUGAGCAGAAAGUGCGCUCUGCAAUGGUCAAGCUGUGGACCAACUUCGCCAAGUAUAUGAAUCCUACGCCAGAUGAGGACCCUGUCAUUGAAGGAGGUUGGCCACGCUUCAAUGAAUCUACUGCAUAUUACUUAAACAUCGACGUCAACAUAACACUUGAACAGAACAGGAAUGCCGAGAGGAUGAACUUCGUGCACUCGGUCAUCCCACCAUAUUACUGAUACAUGAUGGUCAAACGAUAUAAUCUCAUCACCGUGGAUGGUCGCUGGCAGCAAACACAUCAUUUCAUAAACUUUUUAGAUAUCUUUUUGUGAUAUGCAGAAGCACAUAUUGUGAUGUCUCAGCAAGUGCUCUCAAGUUUUAAAAUGUUUGAUGUUUUAUGAAAUCCUUCUUAUAGCGAAUUCUUGCUGCCAUUGCAUCCUAAAUCAAACCUUUCCCCAUUCAGAAAUGAUCAAUGUGUGGAUAAUUGUUCUUUUUUUCUAUAUAAACUGACUAACCAUUCUUAUUGUCAGUACUAUGGAAUGGUUGACACUGCCAUACAUUCAACAGUCGGUUCCUCCAGAAUUGCAAGUCUCCAGAUAUGGAAGAAAUUUAAAUCAGCAAGUUUGUUAUUAACCACUGUUGACAAAAUAAGUAGCGAGAAAAUAAUGUGUAUGAACGUUAAAACAUUUCCAGCAUCCAAGACAAGAACUCUCACAAGGUUCAUACAUUAUUUUCUAAACUACAUCUUCAACGAGGAAGAAGAGUCUAUAUAUAACCUGGAACAACGCUUGCAGAACGAAAAACAAGAAAUCAUCAACAACAAGUGGAUAAGUUUUGACC